AUGCAUUUGAAAGCUGGAGUUAAAUGGGUUUAUGAAGCAAUACGGAAUUACAACGUUUUCCUAAAUGAAGACGAUGAUGAAAACGGUGAAUCAAACGAUCGAGCAAAAGUUAUCAAACAUCAAAGAUAUGCUACUCGAUUGUAUCUUACUCUAUUCAUCGUGUCAUUUUACGUUCUCAUUAUUACCACGAUAACUAAUCCGCAAAGUAUAGCAGUCACCGUUUCAAAUAUUACUCCAGAACUUUUCGAACAACUUCGUUCGGAUUAUGGUCUAGCACUAUCAUGUCCUUGUUCAACAAUCAGUAUACCUUAUAAGGCUUUUAUUUCCAAUGAAGUCUCAUUUGAUCCUGUUUGUACAAGCAUUUUCACUAGUCGUCAAUGGAUUGAAGCCUUAUACUUGCCCAAUGCAAGUGCAUAUUUAUUGAUUGAUUUUCGAUCGACUGCAAACUCUCAAGUGAGUAAAGAUUUUUUGUAAAAAGAUAUUUCGAAAUUCAAAAAUGUGACAUGAGAAGUCUUUGUUUGAAUUGAAUACAAUAAAAUCAUUCAAAUAUGAUAUUCAUCAGCAUAUACAUCGUCUAUAUGUUCAUCAAUGAUUUAAUAAUUGAAGGUUGUCCAGACGAAAUAGCGUCUCUUACGAAUUUUUCUUGCAGAUAUUGAUGUCGAAUUUUUAUUAGUAUAUCUAUUAAGGAUAAUCUUUUCGGAUAGAUGAUCGACGAAAUAUAAGAACUAGAUUGUUUUAAAGGACAUAAAAUCCCAAGGAAUCGCUGUGAUUGUUAUUAUCUAGACAUUAAGUCUGAAAUUGUUUUAAUAAAAGGCACUGGAGAUUUUGUCACAUUGUUAACAAUAAAAAGAACUUUUGCAGCGAAAAAUGAAUGUCUAGAUUGAUAAGUUAAAUUUUUAGCGUGCAACAAGAAGCACUCGAAGUAUUAAAGAAUAAGUUUAUAAUAGAACCAAUAUAUAGUUAUAGUAGUUACUUUUAUACAUUCAAAUAUGUAAUUAUCGAAGGAGUAUUUAACUUUUGAGUUAUUAAAAUAAUGAUCUUGUACAAAAUGCUUAGUAAUUUUUUGUUUUAAUUAAUUUUCUUACCCAACAAAUAGCUUCGCUUAAAAUUCUUUUUAUUAAUCAAAAUAUCGUUCAUUCUCUCCUCUAUUUAUUGUGACUAUUAUUGACUUUUUUGAAUACUUCAGAAAAAUACAAAGUUAACAUGAUUAAUCUUAUGACUAACUUUUACUGAAAAACACUUUUAUUUAUCGAUAAUGUGUCAAUAUCCGUAAUAUUUAUAUCUCAAACGAGUUUAAGAAUUAGAAUGUAGACACUAAAAGUCAUGAUAGUUUUCUUUACAUUUCCUAUUUUAUAGAAUACUUCUUUGUUGUCGAUUUUUGAUUUGAAGAAGUAUUACCCUAG